GCCCUCUAUCGGCAUCCUCCUUCGCCCGCAAGAUGAGCCGAACCUCCUCGUCCACCGAAUGGAACUCCUGAUCCGACAGAAACGGGAUCUAACGGAUAUCGGGAUGGCGUUCGGCGGAUAAGGGGGCUCUGAGGCGUGCACACCGGAGGCCAUGGAUUCCUGGAACCAUCUAUCGUUUUGGAUGCUUCUUCUGGCUUCCCUGAGAGGGACAUGGGGUGACGACCAAGAAUACCGUCUGAUUCGCUAUCUGAUGUCCAACUACGAUCCCGCCGUCCGUCCUUCCGUAUCAGCUGCACAGCCGGUGACUGUUGUUUUUAGAUUGUCUCUACUCGCCCUGUUGGGCUUGGAUGAACGAAAAGGGAUUCUUUCAAGCAGUUGUAGAAUCACACAGAAAUGGAACGACGUUCACCUCCGGUGGAAUGCCUCAGACUUCGGGGGCGUAGGAACCGUACGCAUCCCCGCUGCGCAGAUAUGGAGGCCCGAUGUGAUCUUACGUAACAAUGCCGACCCUUCAGCUCCUGUGACUGCGGGAGAAGCCCAUGCAGUUCUGAAAUCAUCCGGAGAUGUAUCAUGGUCGACCCAGUCUCUUCUUCAGAGUGCGUGCACGCUGGACUUGCAGUUCUUCCCAUUCGACGCACAUAUUUGCCAUCUUAACUUCACAUCGUGGUCCUACGAUGCACAACAGGUGUCUCUGUCGGCCGACCCGGUGGACCUGUCUUCCCUUCAGUCCAACACGGAGUUCCACCUGGAGGGCGCCCUCGCAUCGACGGGGGGCGGGGGACGGGCGCUGGCUUUCUCGCUGGCUCUGAGGCGGCGCCCUGGCCCCCACUUGCUGCGCCAGGUCCUGCCCUGCUUUUUGGUGUGCGCCCUGGUCUCCCUGUGUUUCGCCGUGCCCCCCACCUCUGCCGAGAGGGUCACGCUGGCCGUCGGAUGCCUCUUGGCCGUCCUCAUCGUGGCUCUGACUGCCGGAGUCAAGAACAACUCAGCACAACUGCCGCUUUUAGGUCUUUAUCAGGUGUGCUGCUUGUGUUUGGUGUCCUCGGCUACUUUCCUGUCAGCAUUGACUCUGGGCCUGCAUGCGAAGGGGGCAGACGGAGUGGCACCGCCCCCUUGGCUUCGGAAAUUCGUCCUCGGAUGCAUGGCCUAUGCUCUCUUUGUGCAGCCCUGCCCGCCUAGGAAAGGAAACUUGCGAUUCCAAGAGGCUGAUGAGGAGGACAGGCGUCGAGGCAAGCGGCGUGCCGCUCCCGGCGGCAACGCGGGCGGCGGCGGCGGCGGCCCACCCAUCGAGCGCUACAGCUCGUCGCCGCAGCUCCUGCGCCGCCGGAGCGGGGGCGGCGGCGGGGAGCGCUCCUCCGACGAGUUCGAGAGGCGGUUCCUGCGCGUGCUCGACCGCGUGCACGAGACCCUGGAGAGGAACGAGGCCCGGGACCUGGAAAUGGAGGGAAAGGAGGCGGCGCGCCAGGAGUGGCGGAAGAUCGCACAGGUGACGGAUCGUCUGCUCCUGAUAUUAUUCCUGAGUGGGGCGCUGCUAUCGGCUGCGAUGCUGUUCGUUUUUGCGCCUCUCUGAGUGGAACUCUGUGAAAUAAAAAGUACAUUAAAAAAAAUGGAACAUACCGGACGCUAUCUGACGGUGGAAAGGAGCACCGCAAAUAGAAUAAGGGGGAAAAUCCCACCGUACAAAGACUUUUUGACGAAUCUACCCCGAGGGCAAAAGGGGAGCAUGAUGCCACACGGAAUCAAUGGGGUGGAAGGAAAACAUGGUCUCACGUAAAAAGGAACGAACAAAAUGGCGGUGUCCGGUAGAGUGGCGUAACCGUAACCCCCCAAAAAAGAAUUGCCGCGAUUCGUUAGAAUAGUUGUAAAGGGAUCACUUUUUUUUUUUAAUCUCUUUAUCCAAACGGAUGACGGAGUAUUUAUUACUGUUACGCACGAUAUUAAUGAAAAAAAAUUGUUUAUUUCGAAUAGAUAUAUUAAAAGGAAAAGGAUCAGUUUCGAAUGUUUUUGAGAAUUAAUUUUUUUAAUUAAAAUAGAAAGCUAUGCAAACUCUCAAUUUUCGACUUCUCCUACCAAGUUCAAAAGUGAGAAUCUUAUAAUUGCAAAUUUAUUUAGUCACUUAUACUUUUUAAAAUGCAUUUCUUUUCCAUUUCACUUUUAGGACUUUAAAGUAAGUUGUUUUAGGUCUUUUAUAUAGGUCGCUUUAAUAAAAAAUAAAUAAAUAAAAAAUUCUAUACAAAUAUUACAACAAAACAACUUUACCAAAUUUACAAGAAAUUCUGUUUUGUACAGAAAGAAAAAAAAAACAUUAUUUUUAAAGACUUUCUGCUAGUUUUCAAAUUUAUUAAAAGGUUUUCUUCCUGUCUUUUUUAUCUGAGUAUAAUAAAAACAAAUGGCGUACACUCAGAGAGAACAUAACCCAACUUUGCCCACGAGCCUUAAUAAGCUACUUUUGGCUUAGAAGUAAAGCACUGGGUUACUAUGACGAAGGUACAGGGAUCAAAACCCCACACGGUGUAACUUUCCGUGUUGGGUUAUAGUUUACGGACCUUUGUGAUGAUGACCCAGUGUUUAUAUAGAAGUUUGGUAAGACCUCAUUUGGAGUAUAUGCUGUUCAGUUUUGGUCUCCUUAUUUUAAGAAAUAUAUUAAUGUAUUGGAAAGGGUUCAAAGACGGGCUACAAGGCUAAUAAAUGGACUUUCUCAUUUAGACUAUGAUUCCAGGCUUAGAAGGCUGAAAAUGUACAGUCUUGAGCAAAGAUGAGACCGAGGGGACAUGAUUCAGUUGUUUAAGUUUAUUAAAAUGAAAGAUGUUACGGGGCUGAAGUUUAGCACUAAAAACAGGACAAGGGGUUAUUGUUUUAAGCUAUUUAAAUCUCAAGCUAACAUGGAUAUUAGGAAAAAUUAUUAUUAUAGCAGGGUAGUGGAACCUUGGAACAUCUUACCGGAAGAGGUGGUAAUGAGCAAGGGAGUAGAUAGUUUUAAGAGGGCCAUUGAUCUUCACUGGGGAUUAUAAAUUGACUAGGACCAGUCUUGCUGGGCCCAGAGCCUGUUGCUGGUCGUCACUUUUGUAUUUGUAUUUGUAUUGUACUUGCUUUGCCUCUAAGCCAAAAGUACUUCAACGCUCGGGGCAAAGUUAGGUUAUGUGCUCUGUGAGCGUAUGCAGCAUGAGUAGUAUGUGAAACACUUUUGGUUAUUUAAACUUUAAAAACCACCAUAUUCGAAACAAACCUUCACUAAUCGUUGUUCAUUGUAUUAGAAUGUUUUAUCCAAAGCCUAUUGCUUUGAAUAUUUUGGUUGUAUGUGAGAAAAUUCCAUUAAUGGUUAUGAAAGUUUUAUUUUACAUAUCUUAUAUCGCUUCUUAAGGGACAUUACGUAACAUUUGACACUUUGUUCAAGAAGAAAAAAAAUAGGAAAAAUGCAAGCAGUUUAACUUUUUUCCAGCACAAACCAUUUUUAGCACUGAAUUUAAUUUUUCCUUUUUUGAAAUUUAUUUCGUGAAAAGUGAACUUGAAAUCACAUCAUUAAUUUACUCAAUUAAAAAUAAAUGUCUGGUUGGAAUGAAGAAUUUUUUAGAAUUAAUAUACUUUUCUUUCCCAGUACAAAUUCUGUACACUUUAUAAAUUCUCAAAACUCUUUUAUUCGUCAGCAUGAUUUCUGCACCCCAUAUCAGUAAUCAAUAUACUUCUGUUACCGUUGCAAAUUCUGUACAUCUUAUCAGUAUACUUUCAUUCAUCGCUACAAAUUCUGUACACCAGUGAUGUCCAACCUGGAGCCAGCGAAGCUGAGUCAUGAGGUCCGUUAAUAUGCUCGAAAACUAUGUUCUGGUAACUUCCAAACCAAAACAACCGAUCAUCCUCAUUUGGUACUAAGAAUGAUUGUAGCAAAGUUGGAGCCAAAUGGUCAGAAAUUGAUAUAUCUAAAAGACGGAUGAUUUAGAUAAAACAAGCAUGUAAUAAUUGAUGACAACAAUUCUUGGUUUGUAAUUUUUAUUUCCUUUACUACA